AUGAAUGGAACCUCUCCGUCCUCGACCUGCCUGGGAGACGCUCCUGGUGACAAUGUUGGCCUUGAGGCGUUUGGCGAGAGGCUGAACGAGGAUAUCACCAAAGUUGCGAGUCGAGCAUCCAUCUCUUCGACCUCAGCUCAGACACUCGCUCAAUCACGCGCUCUCAAUCCUGCACCAGGAAGCAAUUUUGAUCCUUCCUCAGCAGCUUUCGAUGCGCGCGCCUGGAUCCAAGACUUUGUCCGAGUAUGCGAGUCUGACCCCAAGUCAGCGCCAUCGCGUGCGCUAGGCGUUGCUUUCAGGCGACUGAAUGUUUUCGGUUGGGGCACCGGCGCGGAAUACCAACGAACUACGGGCAGCGUUGUUAGCGAUACUGUUAAAUGGUUAGCUCGCUUUGCUACAGGAUAUCAGAACGGCCAACGAGUGGACAUCUUACGCGAUUUUGAAGGCAUUAUAGAAAAGGGCGAGAUGCUGUUGGUUCUGGGACCACCGGGAUCUGGUUGCUCUACCCUCCUCAAGGCUUUAUCGGGGGAGACGCAUGACCUAAGCAUCGAGCCUGAUUCACAUAGUGAUUUCAGAGGUGUUGGGCUAGACCACAUUCGCUCGUCCCUUCGUGGUGAUGUUCUCUAUAACGCUGAACUUGACACUCACUUGGCACCAUUGACUGUCAAUGAGACACUUACAUUCGCCUCACGCGCUCGAUCACCACGGCAUAUCCCAGGGGGGGUUAGCCGAAUCCAGCUAGACACAAUCCGACGAGAUGUUAUAAUGGCUGUAUUUGGCUUAACACAUACCUACAAUACCCGUGUUGGAGAUAACGUUGUGCGUGGUGUAAGUGGUGGAGAGCGUAAAAGGGUGAGUAUUGCUGAAGCUACCCUGACAGGAGCCAAGUUCCAGUACUGGGAUAACUCCACCCGUGGGCUGGAUAGCAAUAAUGCUAUCAACUUCUGCCGCCACCUGCGUUCGCAGGCUGAUCUGCUUGACGUGACUUCUGUGGUUACAUUGUAUCAGGCACCCCAGGCGGCGUAUGAUCUGUUCAAUAGAGUGACUGUCAUUUAUGAAGGCCGCCAGAUCUAUUUUGGCAGUACCAUUGACGCCAAGGCCUACUUUGAGGAGCUUGGCUUCUGCUGUCCUGAGCGACAAACAAUCCCCGACUUCUUGACUUCUAUGACCAGCGCGGAUGAAAGGAAAACCAAACAGGGAUUUGAACAUUGUGUACCCCGUACAGCGAGCGAAUUUGCAGCAAGGUGGCAAGCCAGCAAAGAGCGCCAGGCAUUGCUUCGCGAAUUAGACGAGUAUCCCGAUAAACACCCACAGGCACAUAGACUUCAGGAGUAUUUGUGCGCACGUCGAACCGAGCAGGCGAAGUUUCAACGUCCUAGCUCUGCCUAUACGAUCUCAUACAUGCAGCAGGUAUCGCUUACCCUAUGGCGCGCUUACAGACGAUUGCUAGCUAAUCCUAGCUAUACUAUUUCCUUCCUGGUAUUCAACGCAGUAAUAGCCAUUGUUUUAGGAAGCAUGUAUUUAAGAUUGAAAGAAGACACAUCGAGCUUCUACUAUCGCGCAGGUGUGAUUUUCUUCUCCCUACUUUUCAACGCUUUUGGCAGCCAGCUAGAAAUAGCUCACAUUAACCCUCUAGCAUAUGGUUUCGAGUCAUUAAUGGCUAAUGAAUUCCAUAACCGCCGCUUUCCCUGCACCAGCUUCGUUCCCCACGGGCCAGGCUAUGAAGACCUUCCCUCUGUUUCGCGGAUAUGCUCUGUUGUUAGUUCAGAAGCCGGCUCCGCAUUCGUCAACGGGGAUAGUUAUAUUAAUAUGUCUUUUAACUAUUGGAAUUCUCAUAAGUGGAGGAAUAUUGGAAUUAUGCUUGCUUUCCUAGCUUUCUUUAUUCCGGCUUAUAUCCUUGCGGCCGAGCUUUCUAAACCACCUAAGGCUAAGGGUGAAGUACUAGUGUUUCAACGUGCUAAAAGGAAAGCGCUCACCACAAUGGAUAAGAAGAUUUCUGUGGACCCUGAGAAUCAACUGCCCGACCGGCCAGUCAUUACGGAGAAAUAUGGGACUACUAAUGAGCCCGCAGGGGUUAUUGGGAAGGGCACUAAUAUCUUUCAUUGGGAAGACCUUUGCUACGAUAUUAACAUCAAGAAUGAAGAGCGGCGUCUGCUAGACCAUAUUGAUGGUUGGGUCAAACCCGGCGUGUCCACAGCCCUAAUGGGUGUUUCAGGUGCUAGAAAGACAACACUUCUUAACAUUUUGGCUGCCCGCGUGACAGUUGGCGUUGUGAGCGGAGACACUAUGAUAAAUGGCAAGCUUACAGAUACUUCUUUUCAGCAUAAAGUCGGCUAUAUUCAGCAACAGGAUCUCCACCUUAGUACCUCUACAAUCCGCGAAGCCUUACAAUUUAGUGCUCUUCUUCGGCAGCCUUCAAGUAUUUCUGAAGCAGAAAAGCUCCAGUAUGCUGAUGAAGUUAUAGAUAUAUUAGAGAUUAGGGAUGUCGCAGAUGCUAUUAUUGGUGUACCUGGUGAGGGCCUCAAUAUUAAGCAGCGGAAGCGUCUUACAAUUGGAGUGGAAUUGGCCGCUCGACCUCAACUAUUGAUUUUUUUUGAUGAGCCUACUUCAGGGCUGGACUCACAGACAUCCUGGGCUAUUUCCGAAUUGAUUAAGAAACUAACUAAUAGUGGUCAAGCAGUACUUUGCACUGUGCAUCAGCCUUCUACUAUUCUUUUUAAUCAGUUUGACCGGCUUUUUCUUAUUGCUCCAGGCGGCAAGACGGUUUACUUUGGUGACCUAGGACAAGACUCGUCCACAUUAAUCGAAUACUUUGAACGCAACCAUUCAUCUCCUUGCCCAAGUGGUGCUAAUCCGGCCGAAUGGAUGCUCCAAGUGAUACAACCUCCAGCAGAUGGCACCAAGCGCCUUGACUGGCACCAAAUUUGGCUCGAGUCCCCUGAGUACACAACCGUGAAAAGCGAGCUUCAUCGUCUUCGUUCUCUUCCCAUAGGAGGAAUUCACCAGGAAAAUGAAAUCGAGAUCACAGCCAGAAAAGAUCCUUCCAUGCAUCAAGAGUUUGUAGCACCCUUCUGGACGCAAUUCUUACUGGUUUUACGUCGGACCUUCAAUCAUUACUGGCGAUCACCACUUUACAUCUGGUCAAAGACUAUUCUUAUUGCCCUUUCGACUAUCUAUCUCGGCUUCAGCUUCAGCGCAGAUAACACUAUACAAGGCAUGACAAACCAGCUCUGGGCAAUUUUCAUGUUAUUCAUUCCAUUUAUCAAUAUCAAUGAACAAAUCAUGCCCAUGGUCCUUCCUCAACGAGCACUUUUCGAGGCCCGUGAGAGACCAUCUAAGAUUUAUAGGUGGACUACGUUCAUUUUGUCCAAUAUCAUCGUCGAACUAUUUUGGAACACACUGAUGGCUGUUCUCAUGUAUGUCUGCUGGUACUACCCUAUCGGCUUCACAAAAAACACGAUGGAAGGUGACCAGGCCAUCCGGGGAUUCCUAGUCUUUUUGCUUUUAUGGACAUACAUGCUUUUUACGAGUACAAUUGCUCACUUCGCCAUCACCUGGAUCGAUAUGCCAGACACAGCUGGUAUUUUAACCAGUUUUAUGUGGCUUCUAUGCAUUUUCUUUUGUGGAAUCGGAGUUCGCAAACAAGACAUCCCAAGGUUCUGGAUCUUCAUGUAUCGCCUCUCACCUGCGACCUAUCUGGUCGGUGGCCUCAUGUCUUCUGCAGUAGCCAACUCUGAGGUGCAUUGCGCAUCACACGAAAUACUUACGAUGAGGCCGAUUGACAGUAGUACCUGUGGAGAUUUCUUGAACUCGUAUAUCAACUCAGCUGGUGGAAUGGUGUUAAACCCCAGCGCAACUGAUAUCUGCAGGUACUGUCCGAUUGCGUCGUCAAAUGAGUUUUUGGCCGGGUUCCACAUCUCCUACAAUACUCGCUGGAGGGAUUUUGGCCUCAUGUGGGUUUAUAUCCUCUUUAACAUUGCUGGCGCAUUGGGCCACUACUGGGUCUUUAGAGUCCCAAAGAAGUAA